AUGCAUGCAGUUGGUCAGAACUUAAAUACUGAGGAAGAAGUGGAAAAUGUAGCAGACAUUGGUUUUGAUUGUAACAUUGCCUUCCUCAGACUGCUGUGGACUUCACUUGUAGCACAAAUUGUCACAAAAGUAAAAGAGCUAGACCCACCCAAGACUUAUACCCAGGAUGGUGUGUGUUUGACUGAAUCAGGGAUGACUCAGUUACAGAGCCUCACAGUUGAAGUUCCAAGAAGAAAACUGUCAAAACCAAAACUGAAAUUAAAGAUUAUAAAUCAGAAUAGCGUGGCCAUCCUUCAGACCCCUCCAGACAUCCAAUCAGAACAUUCAAGGGAUGGUGAUAUGGAUGAUAGUCGAGAAGGAGAACUUAUGGAUUGUGAUGGAAAAUCAGAAUCUAGUCCUGAGCGGGAAGCUGUGGAUGAUGAAACUAAGGGAGUGGAAGGAACAGAUGGUGUCAAAAAGAGAAAAAGGAAACCAUACAGACCAGGUAUUGGUGGAUUUAUGGUGCGGCAAAGAAGUCGAACUGGGCAAGGGAAAACCAAAAGAUCUGUGAUCAGAAAAGAUUCCUCAGGCUCUGUUUCUGAGCAGUUACCUUGCAGAGAUGAUGAGAAUGUUGGACCGACGACACAAGACCUCAGACUUGUGUUAUUCUAGCAGCUGAACACACCCCAGGCUCUUCUGACCGGCAGUGGCUCUGGAAGCAGUCUGGUCUAUAGAGUUAUGGAUUCACUACCAGAUUCUACUGUAUGCUCUGACAACUAUGACCACAAUGGUCCACCCACAAAUGAAUUAUCAGGAGUGAACCCAGAGGCACGUAUGAAGGAAAG